UUCUACUACAUACAACAUGUCUGAAGGAAAUUCCGCCGCUAAAAAGAAGCCGGCUGCGCCCAAAAAGCCAGCCGAUCAUCCACCUUAUGCAGAGAUGAUCAAAGCUGCUAUUUUGGCGUUGAAAGAGCGAAAUGGUUCUUCCCGCCAAGCCAUAGAGAAGUACAUCAAAGCCAACUACAAGGUUGGUGAGGGCAGUACGCACUUGAAGAUGGCUUUGAAGAGGGGCACCGCUAGUGGAAAGUUUGUCCACACCAAGGGAGUCGGUGCUUCUGGUUCCUUCAAAGUGCCCAAGGAGGAAAAGAAGGAGAAAAAGCCAAAGAAAAAGCCAGCUGCAAAGAAGAAGCCCGCUGCCAAACCAAAGAAGCCAGCCGCUAAGAAAGCAGCGAAAAAACCAGCGGCCAAGAAGGCUGCAAAGAAACCUGCCGCUAAAAAACCAGCCGCGAAGAAACCUGCAGCUAAAAAGCCCGCAGCGAAGAAACCCGCAGCUAAAAAACCAGCGAAGAAGCCCGCGGCCAAAAAAGCUGCGGCGAAGAAGCCCGCUGCUAAAAAGCCCGCCAAGAAAGCAGCGACGAAAUCGCCGAAGAAAGCCGCCAAGAAAUAAAGAGGAGAUCACCUCUUCAUUUAAUCAAACGGCUCCUUUAGGAGCCACCACAUUUAAGUAAAAGUUAUGACCAACUGAGUAUUUACAUCGUCUUCGACAAUUCUGAUUGUGGCCUUCACUAUAGUUUUAGGUCGCUUUAUAAUCAAUCAAACUGGGGUUUAUGGGAAAGUCGUCGCUGUGAAGGAAUAUAAAGCGCCUAGUGAGGCUUGUGGGUCAAUUUUCGAAUAGGCAACAACUUUUCCCUGUUUAUCUCGAACAAUUUAUAUAACUACGUGCCAUGACAAAUAUGCCCGAUAGAUCGAGAGGUGCACACUAAAGCGCUGACAAAUUGGAUCUGCCUGCAUUUCACAAAAUUUGUCAAUCUGAGGGGCAAUAAGCUCUGUGUUGCUGGCGGUUUUUGUGCGCUUUGAUGCGUGAAAUAAGCGGCGAAGCGACUCGAUUUACCGCUUGUGUUUAAAGUUGAAACAAAACCAUUACCUACGCAGGCUUGUUUAUGCUUAGGCAGUUGGAGUGACUCCCAUGGCAGGAAGUUUUUUUUUAUAUAAUAGUAAAUGUAUGGACCUUCGAACGUUAAAGAGAAAAUCGGCCUUUGGUGAAAGUUUGCCCUAUUGCUAGAAUUAGCUUAGCCUACCCGCUCGAUCAAUAACAGCUCGCAUGUACUUGAUUUGAAAAAUCCUGCCGCGUCAAGUAAUGGAUCGUUAAAAAAAAUUUGAACUGUUCGUAGAGGAACAUCUUCACAAUACCCGGCCACUUUUGAACGUCAACAAAUCGAUUGCUUCCAGACGAAGAUUCGAAGUUUGAAUCUGUCAGUUCCCUCGCCAGUGAAGUCGAAAUGCGCAGUGAUAUCCAAUUUGAAUUACGGUUGAAGAACGAGGAAUUAAGAUAUGACUUUUAAUAGCAAUUUGAAUUUAGGUUUACUGAAGAACGAAGAAUAUAUAUUUGAAUGUGUGGGUUCUAUCUAAUUUGGCGACCUCGGGAACACCUAUAUUUAAAGACGCACAAAGCUGGGUAUUCUGAAGUUCGAGCAGUUACCGUUUGUGAUUAAAGAACUGCUACUUCACAACGAUAUCCUUUGUAAUAUUUUGAAAGAAAAAAAUCAUUUACCAUACACUUCGCAGUUAGGACCUAGAGUUGUU